CACCUAUCGGAGACAGGUACAACCUCGACCUCCGAAUUUGUGUUCGUUUGUAAUUUUCUUUCGGUGUUUAUUACAUCAAAAUCUAAGAUUUUACGAUUAUUGAACUUGUCAUACUAUAGACAAGAUGCCAGAGCGUGGCGCUGAUACUGAGGUUUUCUCAAAUCCUCUACCACCAUCUGAUCUCGUCCAUAAUACCUCCGCUGAAGACCAGGAUGACCUGCAUCCACUAACCAAUGAUGACUUCAGGAAGUUGAUGAUGACUCCCCGGGUUCCUGGGAUGGGAUCUGGGGCAGCAGCAUCAGCAACAGCCAGUGCCACAGCUGGGAGCACUUCAGCCACUCCAGCAGCACCAGCUGCAAGGAUAGUGACUAAACCUACUGGUUCCACAGAGCCAGAAGAAGAGGACGAUGCAGCCACAAGGCGACGUAAGAAGAAGAGUUAUUAUGCUAAGCUGAAAAAGCUUGAGGAAGAGAGAGAGAAGGAGUUGGCUGCAAAAUAUAGAGACAGGGCCCGUGAGAGAAGAGAUGGAAACAACAAAGAUUAUGAACAGCCUGAAAUGAUCAGCACUACAGCUGACUACAGAGCUGUGGCCCCUGAUGCUAAAUCGGGCGAGGGUCUGGCAGAGAGAAGGAAACAGCUAAUCCAGGAGUCCAAGUAUCUUGGUGGCGACAUGGAGCACACGCAUUUAGUGAAAGGUCUCGACUUUGCCUUGUUGGAAAAGGUCCGGGCUGAGAUCACAUCAAAGGAAACGUUCGAUGUCGAGGUGGAAGAAACUAUCAAGAAAAAGGAAAAGGAAGAAGUGCCUGAAGAACAGGUAGAAUUCCGGACAAAAAUGGCCCGGAAUAUUUUCAGGACUAUUUUCAAGACAAAGGCGCCUGAGAGAAAUGAACUUUUUCUGCCAAGACGGAUGGCGUAUGUUGUCGAUCUGGAAGAUGAUUACGGAGACUCAGAGAUUCCUACAACAUUGAUAAGGAGUAAAGCCGAUUGUCCAAGUCUUGAGUCCACGACCACCUUGACAACAAAUGACAUUGUCAUCAACAAACUGACACAGAUCUUGUCCUAUCUGCGACAAGGUCGACGAGAUAGAAAGAGGGCAAAGAAAGACAAAGGCAAGAAAGAAGAUGAGCGGAAGGAGAAAUUAGCUGGUCAUGAUGAUUUGAUCUAUGGCGAUAUCGGUGACUACAUCCCAUCAUAUGGACGGGAAAAAGACCGCAAGAAAGACGAUCGAGAUCGUGAGAGGGACAGGCGAGAUAGGGACAGGGAUCAAGGUAGAGAUCGACGGGAUUAUCGGGAUCGAGACAGGGACAGGCAUCGUGGCAGAGACAGGGAUCGCGAGAGGGACCAGGAUUUUGGACGGGAACGCGGGAGGAGGGAUCGUGAUAGGGAACGAGAUAUGGAUCGGCGGGAAAGGAAGAACUAUUUUGAGAAGCCGAUAGAUGAGGAUGAUGUACGAGACAAGGGGGCACAGUCUGCCAAGGAUCUUGUCAAGUCUAUCAAUGAAAAGUUUUCCAAGGGCUGGGCUCCAGCUGAUAUGGAACGUGAGGCUCAAUUUAAGGAAGAGGAUGCAGAGAAAAAACCUAAACCAGAAAAAGAGCGCCUGAAGAAACUGCAGAAGAAAAUGGUCAUCGACAGUUAUGCCGAGUGCUACCCUGGCAUGAUGGAGUCAGCCGAUGCAAUUGGUGACUCUGAUGAUGAGGUCGAUUACACCAAGAUGGACAUGGGAAACAAGAAAGGUCCAGUUGGGAGGUGGGAUUUUGAUACACAGGAAGAAUACAGUGAUUACAUGUCAAAUAAAGAGGCCCUGCCAAAAGCUGCUUUCCAAUAUGGUGUCAAAAUGGCUGAUGGACGUAAGACAAGACGUGCUGGUCCAAAAGAUGAAAAAGCCGAGCUUGACCGUGAAUGGCAGAAAAUACAGAACAUUAUUCAAAAGAGAAAACAUACGGGUACCACUGGAGGACCUUCAAGCACAAAGUAUCCCAAGUACUGAGAGAGACUAUUGGUUGACAUUUUGUUAUGGAUACAUGGGUGGGCUGGUUCAGUGGUUCCUAUAAGCUUGACUGUGCAUUCAUUUCUCAAGAGGAUUAUCGAUUUCUUGGAUGCAUUGGAGUUGGACUAUAUCAGUUUCUGUCUACUCUGCCUAUUUUACUGAUUUUGUCGAAUAAACCUUUUGUGUAUUUUCAAAUUGCCGAAAGCUGAAAUUGGCUUGAACUAACCCAAAGAUGGAGCUUUCUUAUUGGCUAGUUGCAAGUUAGCACAUUGGGCAUGCAGAAUUCAUAUUCGGUGACAUUUUGUUUUCAGUGUUGCAAAUUGUGAGAUGCUGCACUAUUUUCACACCAGAAGAUGUCUAAAGGUCCUUAAGAGUAAUGCAGAAUGUUGAAUGUUGCAAAUAAAUUGUAUAAAGAAGAAGAUAAUGAAUAAAUUGU